GAUGUUGAUAAAUUGGGGAUGUACUAUGAAAUGAAAAUAGCCUCAAAAAUAUUACUAGGAUCUUGUUUGUUAAAUUUACCUUGUAUUAAUAUCUGUAAUCCUGAAGAUGAUGAUGACAGGAGAAAAAAGACUAUCACAGAUAAAUUAAUAGAUAAUAUUAGAAAUAUAUUUUUUGGUGAUGUUUUCCAUGUUGAUGAUUUUGAAACAUUUUUUAAAGAAGUUCAAGUAGAAGAAAUCGAAGGCAAAACUGAAGAAAAAACAAUUAAAAUUGGUAAACCAAAAUAUACAAAAGAUAAUUUUGCUUUAAGAUCUUUAGUCAAAUGGAAUAAAUUCAGUCAAACAACCAAUAAUAAAAAAGCUCCUAAAGCUCCUAGAAUGAAAUUGAGAGUGAUAUAUUCAAAAUUUGGUUUUAGAAUCAUAUUGAAUAUGAUUAGUAAAGAUUAUGGUGACUUUAAAGUUUACAAACUACCAAGACCUUUUAUCGUAACUGAAGUUAUAAACUCUGUAGAUAGACCAAUCGAUAUCAAUACAAAGAUCAAAGAAAUUCAGAAUUUCUGUGUUUGUGAACUAUAUGAAUAUACUUUUAAAAUACCAAUAUAUAUGGCCCAUGAUGGAUUACAAGAACCUAGAAAAGAUCCUAGAAUGCUGUUUUGCUUACCAGAAAAACCUACCUCAGAUGAGAUUCUUUCAUUUGGUUGCGAUAAACAAAAAGCCUUACAAGAAAAAAUUGAUAAUACACACUUGGCUAACGUGGCUAUAAACAAAGAUAAACCUAUCGAUUUAGAAGAUGCAUUAACUGGUGGUGCCGUAUUAAUACAGCUUAUCGAUGCUAUAAAAGCAAAUAACCCUAUUCCUUCUCAACCUAAUAAAUCUAUUCCAACAUCUAUACUGACUGAAAUAAUAAUUUAA